GUCAUUUUCGGAUAUGCAGCAUUUCUGCUGUUUCUUUGCUUCUGGCAGCGUAUCCGCCUGGUCAUCUUCAAGCCCCUAGUAGUUUUCGUGGACAAGCUGUGCAUUGCGCAGCAUGACGACGUCCUGAAGGAGAAAGGCAUUCUUGGCCUCGCCGGCUUCGUCGACCACUCCAAGAAGUUGACUAUUCUUUGGUCACCGCGCUAUUUUAGCCGCCUUUGGUGCACCUAUGAAAUCGCAGCCUUCCUGCGAGACCAGGUAACCGAUGAGAAGCCUCUGCAGGUCAUGCCGGUGAAGAUGUCUGUGAUCCUGUUCCUGCUGUCUUUCUGUUGGCAUAUUCUGACCAUCUGCUUCUACGUCCUGGAGUAUGUGACCGACGAUGACACGGGUAUGCUCGACGAGAUUCUCGUGGGCGCCUUUGUUGCCGCGUUUCUGAUGCUGACCAUGCCCAUUGUCUGCUACAUCGGUAUCGGCCUCAUGAAAGACAUCCAGGAGCUUCCCAAUCAGCUGAAGACCUUCCGCGUGCAGGAAUCAAAAUGCUUCUGCUGUUCGCACAACCACGUGCACCCUGAGACCGGCAGAAGGAUCAUCUGCGACCGACAGCUUGUCUUCAAGACCCUGAAGCGCUGGUUCGGAGCAGAAGGCAACACGCUUGCCCAUCUGACGCUUCCGACAUGCAGAAAGGAAGAGCAGCACUUGGACGCCUUCAACUUCCUCGUGCAGAGCGACCUCGCCCAAACAGUGCUGAAGAGCGUGGGUGGAGAUACCCUGCCCUUUAGCUAUGCCGUCUACAUGGUGAGCAUUUGCAACGUGCCCUUUCUGGCGCAGUACAUGGCCUCCUGGAAGGCG